UUCAGCAGAGAAACAGCUUAUUCACAAGUGGAACGGGUUUACUGCGAGAAAGACCGUAAUCGGAAGUGAGCAAAGCAAAAAAAAAAAAUUGAAAUUUAAGCAUAGGUAAAAACUAAUAAAACAAAAACUAUGCAACAAACAUGGUUACGUAUAUCCUUAUUGUUGUGCACAUUUGGCUUCUUUCGCGAAAUGCGUCCAUCCGAACCGUUCGUGGUAGAAUAUUUAACGGGUCCAUAUCGUAAUCUAACCAAUGACGAAUUAUCUCGUGUAGUUUAUCCCGUCGGAACCUACUCAUAUCUUAUUCAAUUGGUUAUAGUAUUUUUGAUCACCGACAUUUUAAGAUACAAGUUUAUUAUUGUUGUGUCUGCUCUAUCGGGUAUUAUUUUAUUCGCUAUUCUAUUGUGGACAUAUACACUAUGGGAGUUGUUGAUAGGUCAAGUGUUUUACGGUACCUUUAUGGCUAGUGAAGUGGCUUAUUACACUUAUAUUUAUGCCAAGGUUGAUAAAUCACAUUAUCAGAUAGUUUCGGGCCAUACCCGUUCAGCGAUUCUUUGUGGAAAGUUUUUGGGUGGCGUUCUGGCUCAAGUGCUCGUAUCGACGGAUAUUCUCAAUUAUCGUCAUUUGCACGACAUGUCAUUUGGAUCGCAAAUCGUAUCGUUGGUAAUAGCUUUGGCACUGCCAAAGGUAAACGAAAGCAUUUAUUUCUACAAAUCCAAUGAAGCUAAAGAGGACCAUGCUGCAAGCGGAACCGAUCCACAAGCCUUGGAGAUCGGAAAUAUUGAAGAUAAUAAAGCGAAAGAUACUAAUGCUAGUGAUAAAAAACCAAAAUUUUCCUGGAGAAAUGCUUUUCGUCUAAUAAUGCAACAUAUUGUGAGCGCCUACACAAAUCCUACAGUAGUCAAAUGGAGUAUAUGGUGGUCAUUAGCAACUUGUGGCCAGUUACAAGUCAUUUCAUAUGUUCAAAUAUUGUGGAAAGAUAUUGAUGGAAAUAACGAAAGUUCUUACAAUGGUGCUGUGGAAGCAACAGUAACUCUAUUAGGUGCCGCUGCAGCCAUGACAGCAGGACUAAUGGAAGGCGUACGCCGACAACAUUGGCACAUAUGGAUCCUAACUAUAUGCUCAAUUUUAAUGGGAGCCUUUAUGAUAAUAUCAGCCGUAACGAAUCUCUUAUGGGUGGCCUAUGCUAUGUAUGUCCUAUUUGGUAUUCUCUACUUCUUUGUCAUUACCAUAGCGAGUGCUACAGUAGCCCACAACUUAACCGAUGAUAGCUUUGGUCUAAUAUUUGGUAUUAACACACUGAUAGCAUUAGUUUUGCAAACCAUAUUGACGCUCAUUGUCGUAACGGAUGCUGGUUAUGCUUUAUUGCCCAGAGACCAAUAUAAAGUAUAUGGAGGAUAUUUUCUGGUGCUGGCAGUUAUUUUUGUUGCAGUCUAUAUUCAAGAACAUUUAAGUAAAUAUUGUACAAAAUCCAAAGUAAAAUCUUUAGAAUAGUA